AUGUCUGAUGAAGUUUUUAGCACAACUUUGGCAUAUACAAAGAGUCCAAAAGUCACCAAAAGGACUACUUUCCAGGAUGAACUAAUAAAAGCAAUUACAGCUCGCUCAGCCAGACAAAGAAGUUCUGAAUACUCAGAUGACUUUGACAGUGAUGAGAUUGUUUCUUUAGGUGAUUUUUCUGACACCUCAGUAGAUGAAAAUUCAGUUAAGAAAAAGAUUAAUGAUUUUCAUAUAUCAGAUGAUAAAGAAAAGAACUCUCCAAAACUGUCUUUUUUGAAAACCAAGGAAUCAAUCAAUGAUGUGAGGAAAGAUGAGCCAGUAGUCUCUGUCAAAAACGAUGAGAUGGCACAUGAUGGUGGUGAAGGCAUGGUUGUAAAUCCCUUAUCUGAAUCUCAAAAUAAACAACAAGGAUUUGAAAAAGAGAAAAUUAAAAUGGAAACGAAACCUAGAAUUAUUCCAAUCAAAAGCUCAUCUUCAGAAAAUAACAGCAGCCUUGAAGCAGACAACCACUUUAAGCCUUCACCUCGGCCAAGGAGCAUGUUGAAAAAGCACAGCCACAGGGAGGAGAAAGACAGGGUAGGAGAAGACAAAGACACUGCCCUCCAUGAAGAAUUAGAGGCACAUUCUACACCUUCGUUCCUCCCAAGGCUGAAUGGCAGACAACCAGAAGCUGAGAAAAAUGCAUUCUCUGAAAACCUUGACCCUGAGGAUGCAUGGUUAACAAGUCUAUCAUCAUCAUCCCUUAAAGAAAGUCUCGGAAAUUCCUCUUCACCAGUAUCUGGGGAAAAAGCCUCCAUUACAGAUCAGAAUGAAGAAUGCACUGAAAACCAUAAUUCCUUGAAAUCAAUUGAAAAUAAAGAGAACUCAUUUUUGAUAGACUUUGUUACUACACUUGAGAAACCCAAGGAAAGUCAAGUGACUACUGGUGACCUUGAAGAAGAAAAGGAGAAAGCUGAACUGAUUAUGAAUGAUGACUUAACAGUUGAUGAUCCACCACUAUUACAACUUCAGAGUAUCUUAUGCACUGAGUCUGCAAAGAAAAUAAUUCAAGAUAGAAAUAUGAAGAAUAAAAAGUCAACAAAUAAUAGAGCAUCCAAUGCAUCUGGCAGAUUAGUGACCUCUGAGUUCUUAAAGAAACCUGAUUCUCUAAGGAAAACUCCGUUGACAGUUCCCACUUCUCACUAUUUAGGGACUUUGAAAAUCUUGGACCAAAAGCCCUCACAGAAACAGAACGCAGAACCCGACAGAGCAGAUAACAUAAGGGCAGCUGUUUAUCAGGAGUGGUUAGAAAAGAAAAAUGUUUAUUUACAUGAAAUGCACAGAAUUAAAAGACUCGAGAGUGAAAACUUAAGGAUUCAAAAUGAACAGGAAAGAGCUGCUAAGAGAGAAGAAGCCUUAGCAUCAUUUGAGGCCUGGAAAGCCAUGAAAGAAAAGGAAGCAAAGAAGGUAGCUGCAAAAAAAAGACUUGAGGAAAAAAACAAGAAGAAAACUGAAGAAGAAAAUGCUGUGAGAAAAAGAGAAGCACUCCAAUCUUUUGAAAAAUGGAAAGAGAAAAAGAUGGAAUAUCUUAAAGAGAAAAGUAAAAAAGAGAAAGAAUAUGAAAGAGCAAAGAAACAGAAAGAGGAGGAAACUGUUGCUGAGAAAAGGAAAGAUAACUUAACUGCUGUUGAAAAAUGGAAUGAAAAAAAGGAAGCUUUUCUCAAGGAAAAGGAAAAAGAGAAAAUAAAUGAGAAAAGAAAAGAAGAACUGAAAAGAGCUGAGAAAAAAGAUAAAGAUAAACAAGCUCUUGAUGAAUAUGAAAAAUGGCUGGAAAAAAAAGAAAGGAAGGAAAGAAUUGAACGAAAACAAAAGAAACGUCAUCCCUUUCUUGAAAAUGAGGCACUUCCUCCAUGGAGCCCUCCAAGCAGAACUGUGUUCUCAAAAGUGUUUUGAUAAUUCUUAUUCUUGCAUUAUUUAGUUAUUUAUCAAUUCACCAAUUUUAGCCAAACUAAAUUUAAAACUAUUAAUUCAAUUAUUUAUAGUUAGGAGAGUCUAUUUUAAUUAAAUGCCGGUCACUUCUGCUGACAAUGAAGAAGAUGUUUUAGAGUUUAAUCAGUGAAAGAAUUUCUGAACUGUAGAUAAACUGCUUCAAAUGAAGAGCUAAUAAUCAGAUUGCUUUUACCAUUGAAAUACAUAACCCUUUAUCAUGCCCUGAUAAUUCUUAUAGUCUGAUGAUCCAUGAUCACUUUCCCUAACCUGUGCAUGUUAUUAGUACGUUUAUUCUCCAAUCUAAAAAUAAAACCAUCUAGGUACCAUAAUCAUAGAAAUAAUUGAUUUUGCAAAUGAUUGCACAUCUAGAUUUGGGUUUUAAAAUGAAUGGUCACUGGGGAGUAUGCAUAUAUUAUUUCUUCUAAAACUAAUCUUUAGCUCAAAGUAGUUGCAUUUGCACUGUGCAAGUUAGAAUUUUGGUCAGCUGAGGCAGUAGUUCAGUAGAAUCAUCCAAUCACUGAGGCAUUUUAUUUAAGAAUGUUGCCAUAUGAUUUAAUAUGAGUAUACUUUAUCUGUUCCUGCUUAAGUGACAAUCUUAGGCGCUUUAUAAUGAGCAGACCUCUGA